AUGAUCACAUGUUCUGCCUUGAACAAAAUAAAGAGUUUCACUUUGCACAUCAUUGGAAUUAGAGGUGGUGAUAUGAUCUGGCCGUCAGAUCUACAAGCCAGCAAUCUCCAAGCACUGCCGUCGACUGACGAAGCGACUGAAGUAGCGACCACUACAUCUCUGGUAGUGACCACCGAUGGUGUUUCUGAACCAGCAGAGCCGGAGGUACAACAGACCGACGCAUCAAUGUCUCUGUCAGAUCCAAACCAGCCGUUUCACCCUCUCGACGAAGCUCGCGAAACAGAGUCUCUUGAUGAACUUCAACUAGAUCGUGAAUCAGUCAGGAAGUGCAUCAGGACGUGUGGACGGACUUGUAGCGGAGCUAAGUGGAGCUUAACGGAGCUAAAGGAUGAUGCUGAGCUGGAUGCGAGCUUGUAG